AUGAGUCUUGCUAUUGAUGCUCUUGGAAAAAUCUCUCCAUGGAAGGAAGCUUGGAGUUUUGAGGCUAAGAUCUUGACCAUUUGGGAAGAUACUACGAUUGUUAAUGAAAAUAUGCAGAAACUCUUACACAUGGUCUUGAUGGAUAAAUUGGUCAGGGUUAUAAGACAUCGGUUUCGCAUCAUUUUCAAGUGUAGUACCUCUGUUGUUGCAGCUGCAAGUACACUCAUACCUAACCCUGGUUUAAGUCUAACUUCUAUAGACCAGAUUCUUCAGAAGUGCAUUGAUUAUGAGUACUUAAUAGAUUUCAUCGAGGUCCUUUGUGGAUUAAAAAAGAGAAGGGAUGUUGAGUGUAAUGAAAAGAUAUUGAAAGUUAUGAUCCUUGAAGUUUUUGCUGAUGGGAAGAAAAUCUCCUGCAAUUUUGUUGGUGAUUGUCCUGCUCUUAUAAACAUGAAUACUUUGAAAAGGUACCAGAGACCAACUGUUGUAAUUCUACAAUCUUUCAAGAUCAAAGUCAAUGGAGGUGAAGAGUUGUCCAUGUUGCACAUAUACGGUAUUGCAAGCCACCAUUUCAGUAGACUCCGUAGUAAUGAGGUUGGGGAUUUAGUAUAUGUAAUUGAUGAUGAAUCUUUUGACUGGAAGCUAAUACAGACUAUUGAUAAUCUUAAGGGAAACAAUGAGGUGAUGAUAAUGUGUUCCAUUAUCAGCUGUGCAGUAGAGAAGUUCACAUUUUAUGAUAAGGAUCAGAUUUGGUUUUUGAUCGGUGAGAUUAUUGAUGUGCUGAAACAUCAUAAGUGGUGGUACUACUGCUGUUUGUGUAAUGCACCUGUUUCUCAUGUUGAGAAUGUAUUUUAUUAUUAUCUGUGUAGAGUUGAGUGUGUUGAUGCCAUAAGAAGGUAUUGGAUCAAAAUUAUUGUUUUCCAUUCAAAUGGCAGCAAUAUUUUCAUACUUGAGGAUGAUGAGUUAAAGGAUGAUUACACUGUUCCGAAUAGCAUGAUUUCUCAGUUGAUGAACAAGAAAAUUGUCUUCAUAGUGGAUCCUAGACCCGUUGGAUAUGAAUUGAAUACAUCUCUUCACGUUAUUCGUGCAAUAUGUGAUGAUGUUGAUAUUGUGAAGUUUUUGGAGGACUCCACCCAUGAUAAUCAACAGCAGAAAUUUCAUCUGGAUCCAUUUGUUCCUCAUUUUUCUUUCGAAUUUAAGAAUCCAGUUGAGUUUCAGUCCAAUGCAAGCAUUCAAUGUUCAUCGAGCCCAAGUCCUCCAGUGGAUCAGGUUUCCCCAAUUUCUGUUCUCAACUGGAAUUGUUGGAUGGUUAACCAUGAUUUUCAUGCAAGAAUUUUGUCCUCACAAGGUUCCAAUUUAUUUGGGAAUCAUCAGCCUCUCACUAUUAGGGAAGAGCUUCGGAGUGCCUUUGGACAAUGUAAAAAUACUGUCGAGGCUGUUGAAAGGAUGGAUGAGUGUAGUGGCUAA